GCUCCGGAUCAGACAGCGUUAUUUGUCUUUUCACUUGCCAUGCAUGGAAGGAUUUGUUUUUUUUCAGAUGUUGGGAUAUAUUUUAGACGUGAUGGACAAAUCAAAAUUUUUCGAAACUUCAUUAAAUUUGACUAAUUAUUCAGAGUUUGCUGCCACUGACUCUUUUUGCUGUUGCGUUUUAUAAAGUUUGUCCUCCUCAUGCACGACUCAAACAACGCGCGUCGGCUGCACAGACUCAGAGCAGACGGUACAACAGCGGAGCGAAGUGGAAACAGUCAGUCAGCGCUGAUUCAUGACUUAAGCUACUUGUUCUGAUGGUCUUUCACGAACAAAACGACGGAUUCUCAAGGUGGUGGUUUUAUUCGAGAGUUUGGAUUGUCACUGUUGGAUUAAAAGAAUGUAUCCCUACCUCAGCUUACCUGAUCUGCAACAAGACGGAAAGUGGAUCAGUCUGACAAGUUCUUCUGACAGUUUAUUUUAAUUUCAGCAACAGUUGAUUAAAUUUUCAAGAAAACACCCCAAAAGCGCAAUGAUUUUAACUUUGGUCUUUAUUUUGUCCUUUUUCGAUUCGGUGUUCACCUUGAAAGGUGACGGCGGCUCAGCCUCCCGUGCAGCCCGCCUGGACUGCGUGAAGGCCAGCGAGCAAUGUCUGAAGGAGUACUCCUGCAGCACCAAGUACCGGAUGAUGAGGCAGUGCGUGGCGGGGAGGGAGAGCAACUUCAGCGCUGUCACCGGUCCCGAGGCACAGGGCGAGUGCCGCAGUGCCAUAGAUGCCAUGAAGCAGAGCUCCCUGUACAACUGCAGGUGCAGGAGAGGCAUGAAGAAGGAGAAGAACUGCCUCAGGAUUUUUUGGAGCAUUUUUCAGAGUUUACAAGGUAAUGAUUUACUGGAAUACUCUCCAUAUGAACCAGUCAAUAGCCGGCUCUCAGACAUCUUCCGCUUGGCUCCCAUCAUAGCUGCUGAGCCUGCUUCCACAAAGGAGAACAACUGUCUGAGUGCUGCCAAAGCAUGUAACCUGAAUGACACAUGUAAGAAAUAUCGCUCCGCUUACAUCAACCCCUGCACUAGUAGGGUGUCUGCUUCUGAGGUCUGCAACAAGCGCAAGUGCCACAAGGCUCUACGACAGUUCUUUGACAAGGUUCCAACUAAAUACAGCUAUGGGAUGCUGUUUUGCUCCUGUCCGGCGGGAGAUCAGAUGGCAUGUGCAGAACGCAGAAGACAAACUAUCGUACCGAUCUGCUCCUAUGAGGACAAAGACAACCCCAACUGCCUUUCUCUGCAGAACACAUGCAAGACCAACUACAUCUGCAGAUCAAGGCUGGCGGACUUUCUCAGCAGCUGUCAGCCUGAAGUUCGUUCCAUAUCUGGCUGUCUUCGAGAGAACUACGCAGACUGUCUGCUCUCUUAUUCGGGCCUUAUUGGUACAGUGAUGACUCCCAAUUAUGUGCGGUCUUCUGGCAUUAGCCUGUCACCAUGGUGCGACUGCAGCAGCAGUGGGAACAGCAGGCCAGACUGUGAUAAAUUUUCAAAGUUUUUCACCAACAAUCGAUGUCUGCGUAAUGCCAUCCAGGCAUUUGGUAACGGUACUGAUGUUGGAGUAUGGCAACCCCAACCCCCAAUUCAACCCACUGUGGAGUCAAGCAUCACUCGCAAGGGAAAAGCUUGGACAAACAGUGUUUUGGACGAACUAACAGACGUGAACCAGCUGGGCGCCAAUAGUGACUCAUAUCACGUCUGUGGAACAUUUCAGGUCCAAAACCUGGUCUCAAAUCAAACAGCGAAAGCAGCUUUUUGUCCGAACCACCAGCUGGAUGAUUCCGGGGCUUCGAAUGCCAUUGCUGGAAGCUCAACGGCUGGACCAAACCACUUACAUCACCCAACUUUAGUCCUUGCCCUGGCCUCAGCAGCAUUACAUUUCAAAGGUGUCUUAUUUCUGUAGGAGCUGAGAACUGAGGGUCAACCAGCUGGUCUUACGAAGCAAUUUAAUUCAUCCUUAUUCACUCACCGAACUGGAAUCUCAACGUUUUCAGAUUUGUGGAUGACUGUUACUGAGAUGUCAGCUCAUUUGCCUUCUAAAGCCCUGUGGAAGUAAUUUGCAAAGACCUUGACCAAAAUGAUGAUUCAAGCCCUGCACAUUUGACUGAGUGGAGUGCCAAACAGGUGAAAACUGCUUCAAGCAUGAUGACAUGCACUUUCUGUUUGAUUUGUUGUAGUUGAGGGCAAAGGAAAAGCUAAACAUGUGAAAAGAAAGAUAUAAAACCAUGAGUAUACAUUGAUUUCAUAGAUGCAUUUAGUGGAUUAUGAUUAAUAAGGUAAUUUAAACAUCCAUUUUGUCUGAAAAUCUACCAACGACAAAGAAACACAUCUGCCAAAAAGUCCGUAACAACUUUAUCUUCUACAUGUCCAGCAUUAGGUAUAGAGCAGCUCUGUAGAUCUGGCCGUCAAGGUGGUUUGUGGCUUUUAUCAUAUCCACCUCAUUUUGUACAUAGAAUAUAAAGGUGCACACUCGGUUCCUGUAUGCUGCUGUUAGCUUGUAAAGAAUAUUGUCUGUAACAUUUUGAGUACGUUAGUUAAGGUGACUGAGGUCCCUCAGCUUUACCCAGCCUAGUUGUGAUUUAUGAAAUGUAAUGAGAUGUGCUUCUUUUCUCAUGUGGUUACAGAUUUGACUUCAUUGUGUGAAUAUAUUUUGAUGAAAAGUGCAUCAUUUCUCUUUAGUAUCAAAAUAUUUGUAAAAUCAAAGUAAAGAAUUUACAAGAAAAAAAAAGCUGUCUCUUAUGGCUGAAAAAUCUAAUAUGUUUUGACGGUCUCAUCCAGACACUCCAGGGCCACACAGGUCUAUUUUUACCAGGUUAUUAUUUCUUCUUGAAGAGCAGGAGAACUAGGGUUUGAUGAAUAAACAAUGUGUAAAUACCCACGAGCAGAGUUAAUGUCAAAAGACAAAAGCCAACAGACAUUAAUUGCCAGCAAUUAGCGCUGGUCUGAACGGAAGGAAAGAUAAAAACACAUACUGAGUUUGUACUUAAUGGCUCAAAUUAAUACAGACUUUCAAAGAAUGUACAACACAAUAAAGGCUCAUUUUUAAAACUC